UCGAGGUCGACCGGAUCGGGGACCCACGGAGACCCCUUUUGGAUUUCGAUACAGCGGGACACUGGGUGGGGAGGGGGCCCGCAUGAUUCUUCACAAUCCGCAGGCUGUGAUGAUGGUGGUGAUGCACCGAGAGCAGAGCGGCGGAUUCCUGCAGAGCCCGACACACUGCACCACAACCCCGCAACCGAGUGUGAGCUGCUGCAGGGACAGACGCUUCUGCUCAUCUCCAUCAGAGCCUCACCAGCACAAAAACGGAUUUCCCAGCCUACGUUUUACUGCACCGCUUUCAAUUCGCAUGCACCGGUUGUUUUGAGCCGUGCAACGGACAAGAGGGUGGUGGUGGGGGGGGCGGUGGAAGAUGUUGGUGCGAUGCUACCGAGGAAAGCUGUCGGUGUGGGCCGCUCUAUGCGUGCUGGUGCUCUGCUGGUUCUACGUUUACCCCGGCUACAGACUCCCCCGCGAUAAAGAAAUAGUGGAAGAGGUGCUGAGGCAGGGGGAAGCUUGGAAGAAGAACAAGACGGGCAUCGAUUUAUUCAGGAAGUUGCUGACAAAGUGCUGUGAUCCCCGGAGGAUGUUUGCAGUGACCAAGGAGAACUCGCCGAUGGGCAAGGUCCUGUGGUAUGAUGGCGAGUUUUACCACUCGCACACUGUCAACAAUGACACCUACCCACUCUUUGUACAGGACAACCCUCUGCAGCUGCCCCUGAAGAAGUGCGCGGUGGUGGGCAACGGUGGCAUUCUCCGGCACAGCAAAUGUGGAAGGGACAUUGACCAGGCCGACUUCAUCAUGCGGUGUAACCUUCCACCGCUUUCAAAGGAAUAUGUGGAGGAUGUGGGAACCAGAACACAUCUGGUUACGGCCAACCCCAGCAUCAUAGAGAAAAGAUUUCAGAACCUUCUGUGGUCGAGAAAAACUUUUGUGGAUAGUAUGAAGGUUUACGGCUCAAGCUACAUCUACAUGCCAGCGUUCUCCAUGAAGCCUGGCACCGACCUGUCAUUGCGGGCAUAUUACGCUCUGGCAGACACCUCUUCCAACCUCACGAUGCUAUUUGCAAACCCAGAAUUCCUGCUCACAGUGGGAAAAUUCUGGAAAGCCCGCAACGUGCACGCCAAACGUCUCUCUACAGGGCUCUUCCUGGUCAGCUUGGCGUUGGGGCUGUGCGAGGAAGUGACGGCCUAUGGCUUCUGGCCAUUUUCUGUCGGCCUGGACAAGCAGCCAGUCAGCCAUCAUUACUACGACAACAUCUUGCCCUAUAAAUGGUUCCAUGCAAUGCCUGAGGAGUUUGUCCAGCUUUGGCAGCUGCACAAAAGUGGAACACUGCGCAUUAGAGUGGGACACUGUCCUCCUCAGGAAUGAGGGCGUUAGAGAUUUGAGUCAAGUGAUAGUGGUCAGGUCAAGUUCAGUGAGCUACAGGAAGCAGGCAUUUGGGUUGUGAAGCGGCAGGAAUCUGUCGUCAUUGCAAAAAUGACUGCACAUUUUUCCUGUGAGGAACCUCGGCCUGCCUCUGCGUCCCCGCAGCUAAUCCCUAAUUAUCAUGAGAAUGUCAUCCAUCCAGGCCAGCAGCAUCAGGGACAGAAUACACAAUGACACAUGCAGCCACAUACAAACACAAUGUAAAAUCCAACAUUUCCAUAACUUGCCAUAUCGCUUCCCAUUUUUUCUGAAAUGUGUGUGUGUGUGUGUGGAUGUGUGUUUGUUUAGAAAGCCUCAGCUGGGACUAUUAGAGGUGAAAGUGUGGGUGGUUGGAUGGGUAGGGGAUGUUUUUUUUUUGUUAACUACUGUAUCUGACUGAUACAUGGAGCAGCUGGACCAAACCCCCUUCUGGGUUUUUGUUAAACAGAGGCAGAAGAAGUAGAGGACCAGGGGGAAUAAUAAAACACACUGAAAGACUGUUGAAAUGCGAGGAACAAGGGAGAGAUAAUGGUGUCCUGGUAUAUAGUGGCUUGAAUAGGGCUGAAAUUUAAUGGAGGAAAAAAAAGACAGGCAGGGGAGAGAGAGUGAAAGCAGGCUCGAAUGAAAGGAUUUUUCUCUGCUUUUCUUCAACCAAGCGCUUGAUUGGCAUUCUCUGGUGCCAAAUAGAGCUUUUGUUCAAAGCAGGAGCCAUUAGAAAUGGAGUCUUAAGUUCUAUAUACCCUAGAAUGUUUAGCCAAGUUGCAUUUUAACCUUUACUGAAAAGGGAAAUGGGUACACCCUGAUGUCUAUGUAUUGUUUUCGUUUGCCAAAUCUGAUUUUAUUUAAAACAGAAAUGAACAUUUUUUGCUAAAAAAACAGGUACCUCACCUCAACGUGAGCAUUUAGAGUAUUUAGUACGGUUCACUCACACGCAGGCUCCUCAUGUUGACAAGAAACGGCCUGACCGGCUUCUUCUUCUUAAGAAGCGGUUACCAAGUCAUCUCUUCCUAACUGUGCUAUACUUGCCAAGUGCCAAGCCAAGGGAACAGUGAUCUCUUUGAUACACACUCUGGCACUGUCCUUAUGCUUUUAAAUGGCGAGACACUAAUAUAAAUAGAGGCAGUGACAGAAAAAGACUUGACUCGAUGUCACAAAUUGGCAUUUUAAUGGUGACCUUUUUUUUUCUUUAGAUGGUGGACACCUUGUUGGGUAAAUUAUUGUAUUAUUAUUAUAUAUAUAUUUUUUAUUAUCAUUCAUCCAAUUAUUGUCGUUACCAUUUUGCAUCGCAGUAUAGGAAGAACUGAGCCUAUGUCCUGUACUCCUUUGUUAUAAUUGUGUUUUGUUUUUUUCAUGCACAAGGGAAAAAUAACUCACUCAUGUAAACACUACAGACAACAGUUUUUUGGUUUGUUUGUUUUUUGUACUUGAUGGCCGUGCAGAUGGAAAACAAACGUACUUGAUCUGAAAUGGUUCUUUCUUUAAAAUGUUAUUUAAGAGUGAUACAUGUGAUCGUGCCAUAUUGUCACCAUGGAAAAUGCAUGAAGUCUACCACAAUCCUUGGACAUACUCAUCGGACUGAAGGUACAGAACAUGUUGAUAGGUUGGUGUUUUGUGUGUUUGUCCACUACUUGUCUGUUAAACUGAAUGAGGUCCAGUGCCUUUAUGAUGUAUGAAGGCAAGAAGAUAAUUCAAGUAAGGGAUAUUUGUAUAAUGCUCUUAAAUUUGUUUUUCUUUUCUUGGCCACACUCGGCUCUGUGGAUGAGUCGGACAAUACGUGAUAGUAACCUCUGAUGUCAUGUAAAAGUAACUUAAAGAGCGCUAGAUGUUGGAUGAAGUUAAUGGAGUGAAACCAAAUCUAAUGUUUUCCAGUCCAAAAGCACAUGUGGCUACUCGAGACUCCGAACUGAACUUGAUGAACAUUUUGACCAAUUGGUUUUUCUUAUUGUGAUGUUUCUUAUUUGCACCUUUUUAAUUUUUCUCUCUCCUGCACAGUAUUGUGAAUGAAUGAGAAGUGACAUAGUGUGAGUUAUAAGUAAGCAUGAUGAUUUUUAAAGUGUAUGUGCUUUUGGUACACUGAUUUUUUUAAAUCUAUUUCCAUUAUGUUUGGAUUCAUGCCCUCAUUCCAUCCUAUAUGAGUGAUAAAAGAACCACUGACAAGCUGUGAUUUCUUAUCAAAAGGGAGAUGAAUCUGUUGUGUAAAUAAUGGUCUGUUAGCAUAAUUACAAAUUAGUUUUAGAUGUCCAAUCUUUCUUUAAAAGUAUACUUUUUCUGAAACAAACUUCACUGAGCUCAAAAGGUCGCAAUAAACUGUAGUUGUUGCUAACAGAAAACAACUGAAUCUUUGGCUCUUCCUGCUACAACCUGCGCAGCUUACGUUCACAUGUUCAUGUGCUACUACAUAUUUGAAACACUGAUUCUUGACAUUUUUAACUGUUUCUGUCAAUGAUCAUGUGUAGAAGAACAUGUAAGCGCAAUAUCACCAUCACUAGUGAGGGCAGCAUAUCAUAAGUGAUUUUAUUACAUUCCAAGGACAGGUUUUAAGUGGUUGAACUUUCAAGAUGUACUCCACAGUUUCAUAAUCCAGCUUGUGUUUUCCGUAUUCUAUCACGUAUUAAUAAAAUUUAUAGGUAUAGUUUGACAUUUUGGGGAAUGCUCUUAUUUGCUUGCUUCCUUUGAGUUAGAUGAGAAGAUUGAAGCCACUCUCAUGUCUGUCUGUUAAAUAUGAAGCUACAGCUUGCAGCCGGUUAGCGUAGCACCUCGAAAGCUUUCGCUUGCUGAAAAUAAAAAUUUUCAGCAAGUGAAAGAGCUAGCUGUUGCCCCAUUUCCAGUUAUUAUGCUAUGCUAAGCUAAGCUAACUGGCUGCUUGCUGUUGCUUCAUAUUUAGCAAACAGAUAUGAGAGUAGUAUAAAUCUUCCCAUCCAACUCUUGAAAAGAAAGAUAACAUGGGCUUGGGGCACACGAAAAAAGCAGGCCAGGACAAAAUAGCGAGUACACAAUGGCAGAUUGUUGUCCAUUUUCUUUCCUGUCUCAGGCCAAUUGAUCACAUUUGUCAAGCUAAAAUGUGGCUGUAGGGUAUCCAUUUGGUUAGAGUCUGUCCAUGGAUAGCCACAUUUGAUCCCCAUAACAGCCAUAUGAUCGGUUGCAGUGUCCUUAGGUAUGAACUCAGUGAACCACUGUGUCUGUGUCAAACUGUUAGCUCUGUAGCCUUCUUUCACCUCGUGAUGAUGAUUUCUUUAACUUUUUGGUCCUGUUAGACAUCAGCACUGUUUUUUCCUACUCAGUUCAGAUUUAACACGUCUCAGAGCGUCUCAGAUGUAGAGACAUAAUCGUUGGAAGCUUAUCUGUCAUCUCUGCCUCACACCUACAGAGUGUGAGGACAUGAUGUAUCACAAUGGCAGGCUUAACAUAAAGUGGGUCAAAUAGUAAAUGCAAAUACAUUUUGGCAUUUGCUUUAAUCUGAUACUACUUGAUGGUUAGGCAGAAAUAAAAACAAGGUAAAGCCACAAUGUGUAGGGUUUUUGUAAUGCUAUUAUAGUGUGUUUUAAAUUAUUCUGAUGGCAUAUAUUUUUGUGUCUAAAAAGUAAGACAAUCCUGGUAAAUAUUGGCGCAGUGCAUGUAUUGCUUUCAGCCCAUUCAUCUCUGUCUACUUGGAUCAAAUCAGUAGAGUGAGGGGAAGGGGGACAGGGGUGUACAUUGCUGUCUUCCAUCACUCUGUGUGUAAUUUUUAAAUUCUACACAUAAUGGCUUUUGUUUGGGAUUUCAUUUAUGUCACAUUUUUAGUUGUGGUGAUGUAGUGACUUCAGUUAAAACAAAUACAAAUUAUGAUUUGUAAUGACUGACACGUUUUUGAUCAAUAUCUAGAUCCAGAGGGCUGAACUUUCUUACAUAUUUAAAUAUUUGAUGGUAUGCCACGCUUGGUUAUUUUAAACAACAGAGGUUGUGGUUUAUUUGCCUUGAUUGACUGAAUUUGUUAAAAAACAAAAAAAAGAUGAAGGAGAUACCCCCAUUGUCACCUCCUGUGCUCAUUCAAGUCAUCUGGUGUGAACAAACCUGCCCGAGCAUGUUGAAAAUAAAUCAGAACUGCAGUUCAAAAUGGUUUAAACCAAUUGUACAUGUGGCCUGGAUUAAACUGUGAAGGGAAUCCAUAUAUAAGGCGAA